AUGAACCCCCUCUUUUCCUCUCUGGAUGACUCGAAAGAGCAUCCCCGCCCCCAUAAAUGGCUCUUCACCUCCAUCGUCUCCCUCACAGCUGCGGCGGCGCCGUUAGGAAGCACGAUCUUGAUGCCGGUUCUCGCGUCUAUUGCCUCCGACUUUCAUACCUCCCCCUCCAUCGCCAACCUGUCGGUGGCCUUUUACUCCCUCGCCAUCGCCUUCCUCCCCCUAUGGUGGUCGAGUCUGGCGGAACUGUACGGGCGCCGACCGGUGUAUCUCGCCUCCUUCACCCUGUUCAUCGUCUUCAACAUUCUCUCUGCCUUUAGCUCCAGCAUCGUCAUGUUCAUCCUGAUGCGCGUGCUGGCGGGCGGCGCAUCGGCCUCGGUGCAGGCUGUGGGCGCCGGGACUGUCGCCGAUCUGUGGGCUGUCAAGGAGCGCGGCCGGGCAAUGGGCAUCUUCUUCCUGGGGCCGAUGCUGGGCCCAUUGAUUGCGCCCAUCAUCGGGGGUGCUGUCGCCCUGCGAUGGAGCUGGCGGAGCACGCAGUGGGUGAUGGUGAUCUACGGGGUGAUUGUCCUGUUGUUGCUGUUCUUCUGUCUGCCUGAGACCAAGCACAAGCCGAAACAGACGCCCGGAGAGGGAGAAAAGCCAGAGCAAAAGUCGUCCAUCUGGUCCAUUCUCGUUGCCCCCUUGUCGCUUCUCCCCAUGUUGCGCUCCAUGCCCAUUUUCAUCACCGUCUACUACGCCAGCAUCACGUUCGCCAGCUACUACCUGCUCAACAUCUCCGUGCAGGCCACCUUCUCCUCUGCUCCGUACUCCUUCUCCACCAUGCUCGUCGGCCUGAUGUACGUCCCGUCCUCGCUCGGGUACAUCCUCUCUGCCACCCUCGGCGGCCGCUGGACAGACCGGAUCAUGCACGCGGCCGCCGAAAAGGCCGGUCGCUACGACGAGAACAACAAUCUCAUCAUGAUCCCCGCCGAUCGCAUCGGUUUGAACGCCUGGAUCGCCGGGUUGUUGUAUCCUGCCGCCUUACUCACCUACGGCUGGACCGCAGGCGAACACGUCUUCUGGUUCGGUCCUUGCGUGGCCACUUUCUUCUACGGCGUCGGGAACAUGCUCGUCUUCGGCGUCACGACCACCAUGCUGACCGAGUUUGUGCCUAGCAAGCCUAGCACGGGAGUUGCGCUGAAUAACCUGCUGCGAAACUCGCUGGCCUGUAUUGCUUGUGUCGUCGCCCAGCCCUUGAUGGAUGCCAUCGGGAAUGGAUGGUUGUUUACCGGCAUGGCGGUCAUUUGCUGGCUGAGUGGCUUGACCUUGGUUGCGAUGAAGAGAUUGGGGAAUAAAUAG